CGCGUAAUACUACUACUACUACUACUACCAUCGCCCCCAUUAGGCUGAGGCUUAAGAUAGUAUCUUGCACGCGUUCUUGGAAGUAUUGUGGAUAAUUAAAUAUUAUUUUGCAUUUUGAUGCAGCAGCUACAUCAAGGAUAUUUUAAAGCCUAUUUAUGAAACAGGUUAUGCUAAAUCUACUUGUUGAUGUUCAACAGGAGUGGAAACAAGAUUCUUCCGGUUGCUUGAAUAAAGAUAGCUUUGCACCCUUUUAAUAGUCUUCAUCAUCGAUGUCAGCUGGGAAAUAUGCUUUGCAAAAGUCACUCAAGCGCAAGGAUCCAGAAACAUCUGAUAAUCCAAUGUCCGUUCCCAGCUUUCAGAUGAAUAAGGAAUUCUUGAGUGCAGAAGAAGAGUUGAAGGCUGAUCACAAAGCAGAUUACCAAAUCUUCUUAGAGGUUCCUGAAGUUCAUCCCGAAUAUGGAACCUAUUACCAAAUGUUUAUGGAUCAGUUCUCAAAAAGGUAUGGUGAUGAUCCAGCACGGUGCAAGGAGCUGUGGGAAGCAUUCUGGCCCGAGAUCAUUGAGGAAAAACAAGAAAAGGAAUGGAGAAUCAAAAGGGCUGUAUUAAUUAAGCAGUUUCAGAUCCAGUUUCGUGGAAAUAAGAAUUCAUUAAAAAAAAUGAAGAGUGAUAAGAAUACAGACUCCCCAGAUGUUAAAACCAGUGGUGUUACAGACUUGACGAUUUCAGAUUUGGCAGCCAGUGACAUUUCACAUUCAUGUGUAAAAGAAAACGGUGUGGAGAUAUUAUCCAUGGACUCUGCAUCAGUAAAAAACAGUGUGUCAGUGUCUUCCAAUCAAAAUGAUAAACACAUGGAAUUAUAUAGUGGUAGUACCUCUUUAGUGACAAAAUCAGAGUGGGCAGAUAAAAAUUCAUCCAUUUCUCAGUCUUUACAGUUACUUGAAGACACCAGUGAUGCUCUUGGGGACAUAUUUGGGUCUAUUCUUAGGAGAGUUAUCAAGAAAAUAAAAGAAUUUAAGGACCCUCAAGAACUGUCCAAGUUUCUGAAAAAUAAAGACACUAAGAAACUACUGAGCUGGGUGUCUGGGAAACUGAAGAGACUCAGUGCUAUGGCUGUUGGAAAUGAAAAAGAGAGAUUGGUUCAGAGUGGUAACAUAGCCAGGAAUUUAUCAGAGUAUGGUGUAGAAGGCACACAGAGUACAAGGUAUGGUGGACUGGACUUGAGGCAAGUUGCUGCAGCUACAUACGAUAAAGCCAUAUCCACCACCAUUGGAAUUAUCAGGGAAACUUUGAGGUUCAGUGGGGAUCCUAACCCAUCAGAUGAAGUUGUCAACAAGGUGUUUGGAGAAGUGUCCUCCUUACACUUAGAAAUGGCAUUAGAAAAGCAAUGAGUACCUACUCCACAUGAGAGUUUUAAUGUACAAAAGUUUUCAGUAUCCUAUAAUUGGAGUUUAUAUUUUUGUAGUUUUUUAAUUGCAAGAAAUCAAUAAUCCAAAAAUGUGCCAAAAUAGUUUACUCAUAUACUUAAGUUUAUAUAUGUAUUACUAUGAUGUAUGAAAAUACAAGGUUUGCUCAUCAAUUAAUACUAUAUUCUUUGGAAGCUUGAA